GAACGCGGGGUCCGAGGCCGCACGCGGUGUCGCGGGUGCGUCGCAGGUCGCUGUGCAAUUGCAGGAAAGCUCCCCAGACUCGUGGAGUAGCGAUAGAAUCGAGGACCCUCUUGCGGGGGACGUGCCGCUGACCCGCGCGGUCGCCUAAUUUAUUAAUCGUUCUCGCAGCUUGAUAAGGUCUUAGCACGGAGGUUCUUAAUGGUUUGACCAAAGUUGCGUGGCUGCAUGGGAGUCAUUGUGCUCGAGCUGUACUGGGAGCACGCGCCCAAGACCUGUAAGAACUUCGCGGAGUUGGCCCGGCGCGGUUAUUACAAUGGCACCAAGUUCCACAGAAUCAUCAAGGACUUCAUGAUCCAGGGAGGUGACCCGACGGGGACAGGUCGUGGCGGCGCGUCCAUCUACGGCAAACAGUUUGAGGAUGAGCUCCACCCUGACCUCAAGUUCACUGGGGCUGGAAUCCUCGCAAUGGCCAACGCAGGACCGGACACCAAUGGCAGCCAGUUCUUUGUGACCCUCGCCCCCACACAGUGGCUCGAUGGCAAGCACACCAUCUUUGGCCGAGUGUGCCAGGGCAUCGGCAUGGUGAACCGUGUGGGGAUGGUGGAGACCAACUCCCAGGACUGCCCUGUGGACGAUGUGAAGAUCAUCAAGGCAUACCCUUCCGGGUAGACCGUCGGCUUCCCACCAGCCAAGUGACGCUGACUUUGGCCCCUCUCGCCAGUGCACCCCGCGGGGUCCUGGGAGGGCCGAGACAGGAGUGCAUUUACCCAGAUGUGUCUUUCUCUCCCCAGGGUCUGGGUGGGUCUCGGUGGUACUCACUUUGGUGACCUGACCCUGUCCUUCCCACGUGCUCUGCACUGAUGUACACGGAUCGAAAGGGUGCAGCCCGGCCCUUCACACAUUCCUAUUCUGGCCCACCCUCAGGAUCUAGCGUCACCCGCCCCAGAGUCCCAAGCAAGCGUGGCUGCGGCCCGUCACCUCUGCACACCACCCAGUCUCUGCCACUGGUGCUUCCAGGGAAUGUGAAUGCUCUUGCUAUAUUUUCCCUCAAAACCAGAACAUCAGCACUGCUGCUGUGACACGUAGACACCUCACGUAAAGCCACAUUGAAGUUUUGCCAAGUGAAAACUGCAUCCAGCAAUUUCUAAGAAGGUGUCUAGGGAAUGAUAAUGCGUGGUGAUGGAGGCUGGAACUUACCAGAGGGAAGCGGAGGCGUUGACUCUUUCUUGCCCGGGGACGUAGAAACCUCCAGAACUCAGGGCAGACUGUGCCCCUCCUCAGAAGCAGCCUUGCAAGGAGAGGCACUGCGCAGCUCUCUAAUUAGGACUGCAGAGAAGUCACUUAAGAGAGUUUUAUACUUUUUUGAAAAAUCUUAAUGGGGAGGGAGGAAGGGUGAGGAAGGAGUUCAUUCCUUUGUAAUACACAGAGUCAUCAAAAUAAAGUGCCGUCCCCUGAUGGUUGAAAUGAC